UGACACAUCUGUCGUGUUUUGUAAAUUUUACUUUUAGACUUUAGUCAUUAUUCACAAAAAUAGCUUAGAAAUUUAUUGCAAACUUUUCUAUAACUUUAUAGAUCACAUUCUACGCCAAAUGUUUACGAAAAUCCCCACAUUAUGCAAACAGUAAACUAUCGACGAACAAGUUGAUAAGGUUAAAAUUAUAAAAUGGCUGUUUGUGGUCUUAGGACGCUUCUAUUAAUCGUCUGUAUCUUGGAGUUGAUUGUGACAGUACAACGGCAGGUCUUUGAUUUCCUGGGUUACAUGUGGUUACCUAUUAUAAGUAAUUUUAUAAAUAUUCUUCUUAUCAUAUUUGGGUCUUUUGGAGCUGUGCAGUAUGUGACUACAUAUCUUGUUGCUUAUGCCCUGUGGAGCUUAUUGUGGUUGACAUGGAAUAUUUUUCUAAUUUGUUUUUAUCUUAAUGUUGGAACUCUUAACAGGGAAGGUGGUUUUUUAUCACUUGGCACUGGAAGUGUUAGCUGGUGGGAGAGUAAUGGUUGGGGGUGUCAACCUGUGUGGGGAGAGGUUGAUGGGCCAGGGUCUUGGAGACCGGCCAGAGUAGAUGGCUGCUUUUUACCCUGGCACCACAUUGAACUGGCACAGUCUUCUAUAGCUGCAAUACUUACUGCCACAGCCUUGCCACUUACUAUAUUACUUGCUUUUAGGUCUUUUAAGAGACAUAAACCAUCUCCAGAUAAAGGCACCUUACAAAGACGCCAAGUUUACACAAUAGAGUUAAGUCCCACCGAGACAAAUAUAAGCGAGAGCUCCCUCAAACCCAUGACUCCACGCCGUGUGAAACGACGUUCUCGCCGAUCUUAUAGAAACGCUGGCUAUAUAGCUUCAAAUGCAUCGUUGCCUGCCGAUUCUAGAACAUCGCGACCUACUUCCGCCCAUUCCUCUUACUCAAAUUUUCAUGCAGCACGGCCAAAUUCCUAUCACCCGCCAGAUAGUACUAUUUGCUCCCAAGAUACAUAUGAAUUGCCACCUCCACCGGUUGAGUCAAUACCAAUAAUGACUAACAGAUAUGAAACUGUGAGGAGAAGUAAGGCUAAACGAGGGCAGGAUGUCGUCGGGCCAUACAAAGAGCCAAAUAGAUAUGAGCCGCCACUGAACUACGAUAACAAUGUGCCCUAUCAGGUCAAUCGGGGAUACGAAGCACAAAGCUAUGAAAACAGGGAAAUGUCUCCAAAUGAGAGUUUAUAUGUUGGUAGUGGUUAUGGAGGUGGUUAUGUGUGCGAAGGAGCUUGGGAGGCACCUCCUCCCCCAGCUCCGCCGUACUCCGCCAGAGCCACCCCACAGGCGCCAGGGCCGCCAGCCUACCAGCCCAAUAAUGAUCCUUGUGAUGAAUGUAACACUCACUUAACCUAGAUUCUGAUAAGCCAUAUUGCCAUAUUCUUUCUGGCCAGGGGGAGGUAGAAUGACCGCGUCUCUAAAUUUCGAUUUGUCAACACUGUCUUUACAAUCCAACACCAAAAUAUUCCUUA